AUGUCAGACGAAAAGCCCGAAGCAUCCGGCUCUGGCUCUGGGACUGCCCCCACGUCCAAACCAGCGAAACAGCCCAAAGCUGCCAAAGCCCCCACCGAUGGCGCUGGAGCCAAAGCAGGCGAGAAGUCCGCCAAGGACAUCAAGAAGGAAAAGCGGGCUGCAGCUGUUGCUGCUAGAGGCGGAGGGGAGGACCCUCGGGCGGCCGCAGCCGCUGCAGGAGCUGGACCCAGCGGCUCGAACGCAAAUUCCAAUUCGAACGCAAACCCCUCUCUCGGCCAAUCCACAUCGUCCCAGCCAGGUGGCGCCGGUACUGGCGGCGGCAACAACGCCGCUCGACGUCCCGCUCCUCUUCUGUCGGACGUAUCCUAUAUCCUUCCCCCGACCCCAUCGCAUUCUCUCUUCUUCUCACACCUCCCCAUCCUCACUCCACCAGCCACCGCUACCGCCAUUCAAUCCGGGAAGAUCCAUCCGCUCGUCAUCCGCCUGGGAUGCCUCAUGGCCUCUGGCGCCCUCCGAGGUUCCAAUGCCCGCACGACGGGCAUGUUAUUGGCGUUCAAGGAGGUGAUAAGGGAUUAUGAGAGCCCGGAGAAUGCUGUACUGUGGAAAGAUCUGCCGGGCCACCUGAGUCCCAUGAUCGCUUGGCUGGAGGGUUGUCGGCCCAAGGGAGCAGGAGGGGGGAAUGCUAUUAGGUGGUUAAAGGGGGAGAUCAAUAAGCUGGGAGAGGAAGAGGAGGACCGGACGGAAGACGCGCAAAAGCAGCACCUCAUACUUUCCAUCGCGUACUAUAUCCGAGACCGGAUCGAAUACGCAGGCCAGCAGAUCGCCUUUGAGGCCCAGCGGAAGAUCCGGGCAGGAGAUGUCAUUAUGGUCUAUGCCAGAUCAUCGGUUGUGGAGCGUUGUCUGAUCUAUGCCUGGACGAAGAUGCGGGAGGCAGAUCCUGAAGCGACAUUUGAAGUGAUCGUAGUGGACUCUGCGCCAUUACACGAAGGCCGGAAUCUGCUCGAAGCCCUUAGCGCACAAGGUAUACCCACGACCUACACUCUCCUCACCUCCCUCUCGCCUCUGCUCUCACGAACCUCCCUCGUCCUCCUCGGCGCCUCGGCAUUAUACGCGAACGGCUCCCUCCAUGCUCGAGCAGGAACAGCCCUCGUCGCUAUGCUCGCGAAAGAGUAUAGGGUCCCCGUGGUGGUCGCUGUGGAAACAUACAAGUUUACAGGCGGCGUCCGGCUGGACGGAUUGGGGAUGAAUGAGGUGGAUGUGAACUGGAUGGAUGAGGAUCGGGGGACGGAGGGGAUUGUGAAGGCCGGUGACGGGAAGGAAGGGGGAGGAGCGAAUCUGACGAGGCUGGCGUUGACCUAUGAUUUGACGCCAGCGGAGUAUAUCACGGCGCUGUGUACGGAGAUCGGCUUCAUUCCGCCAAGCUCGGUCCCGACCGUCACAGGCAAGACCGCUGCCGGUGCGUAG